CUGGCGGACGCCUCGUAAAUUACAAGGAGUAGAAAUGUUUUCCCUCUGUUUACUCUAUUUGCUACCCUCUAUUAGCUUGGACACGCUAUGAGCGACAGAGAAAUUGUUGUUGUUACAGGGUUUGGACCGUUCAGACAGUUCUUGGUGAACCCCAGCUGGAUAACAGCCCAGGGAUUAAAGUUGGCCGGGAUGGGACAGCGCAUCGAUGUUUAUAUCAAGGAACUGCCAGUUAGCUACAGUUCAACCCAGAGGAUUAUUGCUGAGCUUUGGCAGACCCUUAAACCAAAGUUUGCUGUUCACCUGGGCAUAGCCAGAGGUUCCAGUCUUGUCAUUUUGGAGCAAACUGGUAAGAACAGCGGAUACACCACCCGAGACGUUUGCAGCUGCUGCCCCACAGAUCACUGCUGCUUUGUAGGCGGCCCAGAGAAACUGGACUCCGUUGUUAAUAUGAGGGCCAUCUCCAAGCACUUUAAGCAAGCAGGGAUAGAUGUGAUUCAUUCUAGAGAUGCUGGCAGAUACUUGUGUGAUUUUGCUUAUUACUGCUCACUGUAUCAUGGUGAGAGGAGAGCAGCUUUCAUCCAUAUACCCUCAUCUGGCAGCUUAUCCUCGGCUGAGAGACUGGUACCUCUUCUGCAGGAAAUAAUUGUCAUGAUGCUUGAUCAGCUGGAAGAAGCCAAAUAUCACUCGGAAACAUAGGUAGAUUUUCACUCAGCAUGCCUUGAACUUUUCCACUAUUGUCCCGUUACAACUAUACUGUGGAGUAAUUCACUGAGAUUUGAAAUGAAAGGUUAACAAAAAGAAUCUGUGGACUUUAUUAUUGAAAUUUCGCCACAAAAUUGAUUUAAUUAAGCUCGGGACCAUUUAAGCUAGCCUUCUCACUACAUGAAUAUGUAUAUCUUUUUAGCUCAGUCUCAAGUAUUUUACAGUCUCCUUCAGGUUUUCUUCCAAGAUUGUCCUGUAUGCAGAAAAAUAAAACAAACAAACAUAGUUCUCAUUUACUUAUUUAUUCAAAAUUUCAGAAAAAAGUAAAAUACAAGAAAUUCUCUUAUACACAUUUUUGAGACGGCUUCUUAAAAAUACACCAUCUCAGCUAUAAGUGUGAAAAAACAACUUUGAGGCCUCAGACACAGAGCUUGAAAAGAAGACAGAGACCAGAGCCAAAUCAGCAGUUUGAUUAUUCUUCCCCUGUCAAGUUAUGAACACAGAAUUUAAUAAGUGUAGUAGCAGUAGAAGACCAAGGCCCCUCUGAAGGUUUUAGGAAUGCAGAUGAAAUAAAACAAAAACAGACAUGAGUGAAUCAAUACACCUCAAACCUAAUUAUUGCAGGAGACUGCUGUGAUGCCUUCUCCAUAAACCUGACGUUUUUUAAUGAAAAAAAUUGAAAGAAUGUGAGUAUGAUUAUGGUUACAGUCUACAGUAAAUCAAAGAGCGACUUGUGAAACUUUAAAUUAUCUUUUACUAACUACGUUGUUCACUCGUUACCUGAACUACCCGUAAUUUAUGCAACAUCCCUGUCCUGGCUCUGUCCAUGUUGGACAUGUUGCAGGUUUGACAGGUUUGGGAUCUAAUAGUAACCGGUAGCUCCUCCCUUAGCAUAUCAGUGACUGCUAAGAACUGAAAAACAAAAAUAUGUAACAAUUUCUGGACAAACAUAAACACACAGAUAUGUUAACGUCUUGAACUUUUUUGCUUGUCAGUGGUGGUUUCUGUAAAGAAAUUCAGCAGCAACUUGGCUCUUUAAAAAACAUGAAAAGAUUGUUCAGUUGCAUGAUUAAGAGGACUGAGCACCAAACGUUUACAUUAAUAGUUACCUUGUGGGUAACUUCUAAUUUGAAAAAAAGGGAGAAAAAAGCCCACUUUCCUCCAAGUCCAUCAAUAUGCCAAUGGCCAUGAGUAAAACGUGCAGCUGAGGCUUUGAAAGAGGUUUUGAGGUGUUGGAGCUGCUUCGCUUCCUUGUACAGAUAACAUUUUUGGUGAUGCUGUAAGAUCCACUGUGGUGACUAAACUGGCAGCACUAAAAGUGGCGUGUACAGAUACAGUGGAAACACGACCCCUGUUAAGAUGCCUGCUUAUAUGUAAAAAGUGAAAUCAUGAUAAACCAUGUCAGAACCUUUUCCUCCUUUAAUGUACCACAAACCAAAAAUCUUUGAGAGAAAAGCACAAAAGAGUUUCCAAGGUUUUAGAUAUUUCAUGGAGCACAGUUCAAAGAGUCAUCAUCAGGUUGAGAAAUUGGGGCAUAACAAUGACAUUACCAGAAACUGGGCAACAUCUGAAGUUAGUGGAAAGACGAGAAGAAAACUGGUCAGAAAGUCUGGCAAGUACUGACUGUGUAGCAUGUGAGAUGACGGCCUCCUGUGUUCUUUAUGUGUCUAGGCUAAGGAGUAGAAUGACAAACUGGAAUCCAAUCCAAUUUUGCAAAAAACACUUUUGACAUUUCCCUAACCCAUGACAUGAAAACGUGUUGCAGUUCAACAAAACCAGUGUUUAAUUUUUUGGGGCUAUGAUUUUAAAAAGCUGUUUAGAACAAACAAGGCACCUUAGUAAAAAAAUAAAAAAUAAAAAAAACCCUCAUACACUCAGUGAUGCAAAAUGGUGGUAGUGUCAUGCCUUGAAGCUUAGAUUGAAUGGUCCAAUACAACAUAGUUUAAUGUGACCCACUCAAAACACUGUUGUACUGUAAAUGUGUCCCCAUUAGAGAGGGUUAAAAUUCUGAAAUGGUUUAUCUUGGUCCAACUCUUGAAAUCUGGCAUUUUACCAGCGGUGUGUAAACUUUUUAUAUCCAUUGUAAUGUCUGAAAGAUCAAAACUAAGAAAAUCACAUGGACACAACAUUUCUAAUCGAUACAUGACAAAGAACCACAUAGAGUUUACAGAAAUGAUAAAACUAAAUAGUGGCUUUUUAGCUCUCUGCCACUAAUAAGCGAAAAGUGUUUUUUUUUUUAUGCUUACAGAAGGUAGAAACAGGUACAAGGUGAGAUUUUCCUUUUUCUUAGAUGCUCUGUGUGAAAACUACAUAUCUGUCCUUGUUACAUUCACAACACUUAUCGAUACUUCAGGCAGAAAUUAAAUGCUGUCGGUUUUGGAAUAAAGUAAAGGUUUUAAAAUGGCAUAUCACCUGCAAGUAGAACCGCAUAUAUAUGUAGUGUGUUUUUUUUUAUUCUUGGAGGUAAAUAAUACAUUUCCCUUUCUUAAUA